UGACGCUGCAGGAAAAUUAGCUUUUUCUAUGGAGGAUCCCUUUACUUUUGUGCAUGCGUGAAAGAAUAGCGCUGACAUUGGCUCCUGGCAGGUGAAGCUGAUGAGGAGCAUACUGAAGAGGAUGGAGUGCUCACAAGAUACAGGUUCAGGAACAGAUGGAUUUUCCUGUUCGUAGGAAAGGAAAACCAAACAAGGGCGGUGGCAGAAAACCUCGGGGUGGAAGAGGUGGUUCUGGUGGAAGAGGUGGUUCUGGUGGAAGGGGAACAAGCAGGGCACAAGCAGGGGGUGGAGGAGGCGGCAGCAAAAAGAGCUCCGCUAAAGCUUGGGAUGAUGGAGAUGACAUCUGCUUCUCAAGCAAGCCAAUGGUCGCUUCAAGACCUAGCUACGCUCCUAGGCGUACAUCACAACCUCGCAUUAACUCUGCGGCCAGCACACCACUUCAGACUUUGCACAUGACCACUGAAAAUCAGGAGCGGCUCAAGGCCCUUCUACGUGAUCUCCAAGGAAAUGAAUUGGAUGCAGUUACUGAAGAUGUGGGAUCUGAGUUAGAAGAUGAAUAUGAUGAGCCAUGUUCUCAAGAUGAUGAUGAUGACGAAGAUGUAGACUGUGAGAAUGAUGACCGUGAAGAAGAAUGUACCUUUGACUUCUGGUCCUCAGCUACCAAAAUUGCUCCAGAUCCUUCUACCAAAGUGUUACCAGAAGCAAUGAUAUCAACUUUUGCUAUUGGCAAACUGUCUAGGUAUGGUUUUGACAGAGAGAGGUGUGUAGUGGCAUUACAAUCCCAUGACAGUGAUGUUGGGACAUCCCUGGAGCAUUUGCUACAGCAGUGUUUUUCGGAAACUUUCGGCAUCCAGACAAAGACUCCGAGGGCUGCUUCCGAAGUCAGCAUGGAGGAUUGCCUAGCGUGCCGGCAGGAAGAGUCUUUUGUUCUGAGCUCAAUCUGUGGAGAUAAAUUUAUUGAGAGAAUCCCAAACAGAGUAUGGACUGUUGGACUAGAGAUGGAGUAUCUGACAAAAAGACUCCAGACUCCUCGUAAACAGGAACAUGCUAAAGAUUUGGGGAAUAACAACAUUUGUAGAUUUUUCCAAAGAGGAGAGAACUGCCGCUUUGGAUCAAAAUGCAGAUUUAAGCAUACUGCUCCAAAGCAGAUUGUCAAGGAUGACUCUCACCUUAAUGUCUACAGGGAUAAUAAAUAUUUGUAUGAGCUGGAAAUUCGAUUUUUGAAAGACAAUAAAUACCCAUACCAGGCACCGCUGAUUGCGUUUUACUCUGUCAAUGAGCACCUCCAAAUGGGAUGUCGCCUGCAUAUAGCAGAGUACCUUUAUGAAAAGGCCUUGACCAUUGCACAGAGCGGUGAACCUGCAGUAUUCUCCCUUGCUAGCUGUUUGGAGGAAGAAGAUGAAAUAGUCAAGUUACUUGCCAACACUCAUCACAGAUACAGCAUCCCACCACCUCUAUUUACAGCCCCCACGGAAACCAAGAAAAAUCCACCCAUAACCAUCAACAAACCAAUUAUUCCAGAGAAACAAUCUAUUCCAAACCGUUCAUCAGAAGUGAAGAAGGAACCAAAAAUGAUCAAGACAGAGGUAAAUAAAGCGACCUGUACGGAAGAGAUUGAUGACUUGGACUUGGAAACUGUGCUGGUCGAGAAUGAAAGCUAUGUUAAUCUGAAGAAAAAACAGACCAAGAAAUACAACUGGUCCCCCAAGUCUUUUCAUAUUGAGAACGCCAAAAUCUGCACAAACUUCCGUGUCAAGCAGUCCAACAAACGCUACCAGGCAAUGCUGCAAGAGAGGCUGAAGCUUCCAGCAUGGGAGAAACAAGACACAAUUCUUCAACUACUAUCCAGGCACCAGGUUCUGGUUGUGAGUGGAAUGACUGGAUGUGGUAAAACCACACAGAUUCCACAGUUUAUACUUGAUGCUUCUUUACAAGGGUCUUAUGACCACGUGUCCAACAUCAUCUGUACACAGCCUCGUAGGAUAUCUGCCAUUUCUGUUGCUGAACGUGUGGCCCAAGAGAGAACAGAGAGAGUCGGGCUGUCUGUUGGAUACCAGAUAAGACUGGAGAGUGUCAAGUCAGCAGCUACCAGGCUGUUGUACUGCACUACUGGUGUGCUUCUGCGGAGGCUGGAAGGAGAUACUACACUGCAUGGUGUCACCCAUGUCAUUGUGGAUGAAGUUCACGAGAGGACCGAAGAAAGUGAUUUCUUGCUGCUAGUAUUAAAAGAUGUGAUGGUACAGAGACCGGAUCUUAAAAUUAUGUUAAUGAGUGCAACCCUGAACGCUGAGCUCUUCUCACAAUAUUUCCAUGGUUGCCCCAUGGUACAUAUACCAGGUCGCACUUUUCCAGUUGAUCAAUACUUUCUAGAAGAUGCCAUUGCAAAAACUAGGUAUGUGGUGGAAGAUGGUAGUCCAUAUCAUCGUUCUACAAAGCUUCCUCCUGGAAAGUACUCUGGACAGAAGCAGAAAGGAAAGAGUUAUGGAGACUUGAUGGAUGAUCUGGAUCAGGCUAUUAACUCCUCAUUAAGUAUCCAGGAAACCACAGUGGUGAAGGACUCUAUUCCAGACCAACAACUGAGCUUUAAAGAACUCUCCACUCGUUAUCAUAGUGUCAGCAAAUCUGUUGUUAAGACAUUAUCUGCCAUGGAUUUGGAUAAAAUAAAUUUGGAGUUGAUUGAAGCCUUAUUGGAAUGGAUAGUGAUUGGCAAACAUUCAUACCCACCAGGUGCUGUUUUGGUAUUCUUGCCUGGGUUGGCAGAAAUUAAAAUGCUUUAUGAGCAGCUCCAAUCAAAUGCCUUGUUUAGUAACAGACACAAGAACAAGUGUGUGAUUUAUCCUCUGCACUCAUCCCUGUCCAGUGAAGAGCAGCAGUCUGUUUUCAUAAGGCCGCCUCAAGGUGUGACCAAGAUAAUUAUCUCCACCAAUAUUGCAGAAACAUCCAUCACUAUUGAUGACGUGGUAUAUGUCAUUGACUCUGGAAAAAUGAGAGAGACAAGGUAUGACCCAUGUAAAGGUAUGGAGAGCUUGGAGGAUACAUGGGUUUCACAAGCCAAUGCUUUGCAGAGGAAAGGAAGAGCAGGACGUGUGGCCUCCGGGGUCUGUUUUCACCUCUUUACCAGCCAUCACUAUGAGCAUCAACUGUUAGAACAGCAGCUGCCAGAGAUCCAGAGAAUUCCUCUAGAACAGUUGUGCUUGAGAAUAAAGAUUUUGGAGAUGUUCUCAGAGUGCCGUCUCCAAUCAGUUUUGAUGCAAUUAAUAGAGCCCCCACGGAUAGAAUCUCUCCAGGCUUCCAAGCUUCGUCUUCAGGACCUUGGGGCUCUUACGUCAGAGGAAAAGCUUACCCCCCUUGGGUACCAUUUGGCGUCUCUCCCGGUUGAUGUGAGAAUCGGGAAACUAAUGCUUUUUGGUGCCAUAUUUCGAUGCCUUGAUCCUGCUCUCACUAUUGCGGGUAGUCUGGCUUUUAAAUCUCCUUUUGUCUGUCCCUGGGACAAAAGAGAAGAUGCUAACAAGAAAAAGCAAGAAUUUGCUAUAGCAAGCAGUGAUCAUCUGGCCCUUCUUCAGGCUUACAAGGGAUGGAGUUUGGUCAUGAAGGAGAGUUCUCGAGCAGCUUAUCAGUAUUGCAGAGAUAACUUCUUAUCCAUCAGAGUGCUGCAGGAGAUCGCCAGCUUAAAGAGACAGUUCACUGAGCUUCUGUCUGACAUUGGGUUUAUCAAGGAAGGUUUGCGGGCCAGAGAUAUUGAGAAGAGGUGGGCUUACAAAGGAGAUGGUGUUCUGGAGGCAACUGGGGAAGAGGCAAAUACCAAUGCAGAGAAUAUCCGGUUAAUGUCGGCAAUGUUAUGUGCAGCUUUGUACCCUAAUGUAGUCCAGGUGAAGACUCCAGAAGGCAAAUUUCAGGUGACCAGAGCAGGCGCGGUGAAAAUGCAGCCAAAAGCCGAAGAAUUAAAAUUUGUUACAAAGAAUGACGGUUAUGUUAACAUUCACCCAUCUUCAGUAAAUUACCAGGUGAAACAUUUUGAAAGCCCGUACCUGAUAUAUCACGAGAAGAUAAAAACCAGCCGUGUGUUUGUUCGGGAUUGCAGCAUGGUAUCAGUCUACCCUCUUGUACUCUUUGGUGGGGGACAAGUUAAUGUUGAACUCCACAGAGGUGAAUUUAUGAUUUCCUUAGAUGAUGGAUGGAUCCGUUUUGCAGCUGCUUCAUAUCAGGUGGCAGAGUUGGUAAAGGAACUACGGAGCGAGCUUGAUCAGCUAUUACAGGAUAAAAUAAAAAACCCAACUAUGGAUCUGUGUACCUGCCCCCGAGGAUCUCGUAUCAUUGCCAUGAUUGUUAAGCUUGUCACCACUCAGUAAACCUUCCAAUGCAGUCUGAAGUUUUCAGUGCUUUUUAAUCCUAAACCAAACAAUGUGAGCAGAGUAUGAGUUGUGCCUCUGCUUGCACAACUGACUUAGAAAUAUUGAAAUAAAUCAUAUUUAUAAGAAACUAUGACUGCAGGGAUAAAAAUGCCAAGUCCUAUGCUACUAGAAAGGCCUAAUAGCUACUUUCCACUGCCAGCCUUGUGUAUACACGGCACAUUUACCAGGCGUGAAUUUCCAAUGGAGAGUUUCAUCCCUGUUCUACUUGUAAUGUUAAUACAAUCAAAAUGUUAAUAAAGGAAAAGUGAACUGUGGAGCAGAGGUGUUUGGGACAUGCAAACACAACUUUUUCAGUUCCUUGAAAAUUUUGCAACUCCAGUCAAGUGCAAGUGUGUUUUCUCAUGUCAAAUUGAAGGCCUCUGUAUUACACUUUUUAUUGUAAUAUUUUAAUGUCAUUUUUCUAA